UUAUCCGUCGGACAUAUCAACCCGUUUCACUUGGCCGUAUCAGACGGCCUUUAAAGAGAUAAAGCGAAAUUAAAUAUUUGUUUUAUUUAAACUCCUACAGAUCCUUCCAACAUGGAUCAGAGUGAGAAACACUGCGUCGCUUGGCGUCGCGUUGUCACGCCGAUGGGGAGAACCUACUUUUGAUGUUGUGAAUAACUGGCUACGUCUGGAGGUAAAUUGUGAACACCACGACUAGCUUUUUGUCUUCAGAAGAAAGUAUGGUGAAAGAGGAGCUUGGCCCGGGUGAGUUCAGCAGCAAGAAUGCCAAAGACAAGAGCAACAGUUCGACUCUGAGGGCCAUGAGAGAGAUCAAGGACUCCAUGAAGGACGACUGCAGUGAGCGCGGCUCUUGCUGCAGCUCGGAAAAGGACUCUGGCUACUCGGACAACGGCUCUGAUUGGCAGCAGACGGAUGUGGAUCAGCAAAGCAAUAAACGUCAGACGAAAGAGGAUGCUGAUGUGCUGCCGUCGAGCCAAGGCCAGAAUUGCGGAAAAGCAAAACCUGGCAAUCCUCAGCACAUGCCAAGAGACCAAGCAAACCAACGCAUGUACAUCCUCAACAACGUAGUACUCAAGCAGCCAGAAACGAUCCCAAAAAGUGGUGAGCUUCUGUGGACAAACUCCAGCAGUGGAGCCACUGGUUCCGGUGGCACCCACAUGAUCCUUUUCCAGCAGCCCAGUUUGAUCCACACCGCCCUGCAGCUCCACAAGCCUUCCUCUCAGAAGAACAGCACUGCAGGCAAGAAAGUCACCACCUACUUACCCAUCCUCAACUCCUACCCCCGCAUUGCACCACACCCCAGUAAAAAGCCCCCUGAUAAAUCACCGUCGAGCAACAAGGUGCCGAAUUUGAGCAAGAGGGUGUGCACAGAACACAAGGGAGAACUCGAACCAGUGGCCAGGAGUCCGCGGCCGGCAAUCGGCCCCUUGGAGCCACCCGCUUUGUCCUCCUCCGGCCCCACUCGCGUGUCCUCGAAUUCAGCACCCUGCAGUCCGUCCACCUCUACGCUCACAAGCAGGGGGUCUCAGAGAAGCGGAAACAUCCGCCACCGCCGCUUCCUCAACACGGUGGAGAUCCUUCGGCAGUCUGGCCUGCUGGACAUCACCAUGCGCACCAAAGAGCUCCUGCGCCAGAGCAACGUCACAGAGCGGGAGAUUGCCGAGCUGCGCAGGCACACUGACCUGCUCUGCCAGGCCGCCAGCGCCAGUCCGAGCGACACCGCAACCUGGCAGACCCUGUACAGAACCAUGGCCGAGUCCAACUGCUACGCGGACCUACAGAACCUGCAGCAUCUAAAAUUGCCGUCUCAUCGGGAAUCACCCGGCUAUUUGGAAAGUGCUGGUAAAGAGACCACGCAGAGCUCUGGCUCGUCCAGCCGUCUCUCGACAACGCCGAGACCCAACUGUGGGUGGGCAGAACCACGGCGAGAGCUUUUGUCAAGUGAGGCUUCAUCUGAGGAGGUCACCUUCAUGUUUCCUGAUAGUUCUACUGGUUAGUGUGAGAUAUAGUGCCUUAGGGGAGAGAGCGGCACUCAGGUCCAAGGCUGUACCCGACAACCAUACGCUCAUUUCUGGCAAUUGUGUAUUGUCUGUUCAAGCCUUCAGUGGAAAGCCAAAAAUGACUCAAAUUUAAACAUUUAAGUCUCACUUUAAUACCCUGAGGUUUUCGCUCUAAGUGCAACUCUGGGAAAGGGGAGGUACCCCGAUGCCGUACACUUUGCACGCAGCACUUUGGUGUUGAAAGGGGAAGUCAACCCCAACCCCAAAUUUUAUUUGUAUUGUUUUCUGUGCAGCCCAACUAGUCGAAACGCAGUGUUUUGAUUCAUGUUUGGUUUGUGGAAUACAAGUUAACUAGGCAAAAUCCACCUGUUUUUAUCCAUCUCAGGGGUCAGCUAUUUUGACGCUUGCUGUCAACAGAAAAUGACAUCACAGUUGCUUGGUCUCAGGUCACGACCUAUCAUGGAUCACCAAUUUUCUGAACGCCGAUGCACAAAGUAUUCCAUUGUCACCAGUUUGUAACGUCAACAUUGGGAUCCGAAGCAAAGGAGCCCCCCCCCCCGAGUUACCUUCAGGAAUUUUGCAUUACACGCAAAUGAAGCACAUCUUCCUGUCAAGCAAUGCUGAAAGAGCAAAUGUACCAUACGUAACCUAAUUCCUUAAAAGCCCAUUUAUAUUUUUGAUUAAUAAAGCAUUUGACGUCUCUGUGGAAAAAUCCAGCCAUUUUUAUCCUACGGCGGCUGCCAUUUUGCCACUUUUUGCCGACUGAAAACAGAUGAGCUUUUAGGCCAGGGGUCUUCAAACCUGGUCUCCGUGGCCGGUUUCCUAGAUGCUUUGUCUCUCACCUUAUUCUAAUGAUCAGGGUUGUAAUCCAGCUUCUGCAGAACUUGCUAGUUGUCUGAUCAGUAAAUAAAAGCUCCAGGCCACUAAAGAGUACAUUUUGAGUAGAAAACAAAAUACUAUGUUCCAAUGAUAAGACAUGAAAGACCAAUAGUGGAAAUAAGACUUAUAGAGAAGAUGAGCUAUUGCCCUCGAUGCCUUUUUAUUAAGUAGUGAAAUGAUGCCUUAAUACAGUCUCACAUGAUCACAUUGCACAAGUUCAACGAGUUUCCUUUUAUGCAACGGGUGUCGUUUGAGGGUUCAUGGGCCUCUUUUUUUUUUAACCAUUAAGCAGGACUCCAAAUUGGCCACACCCUAUAUGUCAUUUGUUUUGUUUUUUCCCCUGUUCACGCACACACGCUUUCAAUUUGUGCACUGCCAACACUGCAUGGUUUGUAUGACAAUUUUUUUUAAUAAAGGAGAGGUAAGACA